AUGCACCCACGGAUAUUGACUGUCCUCGACUAUGACAUAGACACCCAUCUAAAUCGUAUCGUCCCUUAUUCGCGUAUUUCGAGGCUACCGAAGCCCAUAUCUAGAUUUCUUGGUUAUCGGGAGGAAGAGUACAAGGAGCCUACGCGAUUGGUCGUUGUUUUCUGGUCUUUCCUGGGAUCUCUGAUAGGACUCCUGACCAUCGGUGCAUUGUACAAAUAUGCACCGGGCUUGAAAAAAUGGCAUCCGCCGAUUAUGGUUGCGAGUUUGGGAGCGAGUGCCAUUCUGGACUAUAACUCUAUCCGAACACCACUUGCUCAACCAAGAAACGCAAUCUUAGGUCAAACAUUCUCAGCGUUAACGGGAGUCAUCAUCCACAAGCUCUUCCACCUCAACUCUAACUGGGAAGAGCUUCAAUGGGUCGCAGGCGCUGUUGCCUGUGCUGUGUCCUCUGCCAUCAUGGCCACAACGAAUACUGUUCAUCCUCCCGGAGGCGCGACUGCCGUCCUGGCGACAACAAACGCCGAGAUCAUCGCUAUGGGCUGGAUUUACAUCCCGUUCGUGCUCAUGAGUUCAGCCAUCAUGCUGGCCCUGGCAUGUCUACUCAACAAUAUCCAACGAGCAUACCCAGUGUAUUGGUGGACACCCGCCAACCUGCGCAAAGAGAAGGUGAUUGAUGACCUUGAGAAAGUGUCGACCAAUGCCAGCGAAAAGGUGCUUCGAGGCCAGUCUAUGGCAAGGACAUCGAAUGCCGACUCAGACUCUGUUGUCAUAUCGCCACAUCACCUCUACAUACCCGACAGCUUUGAUCUGGAUGGUGACGAGCUGGCUAUACUGUCACGUCUACAGGCUCGUCUUCGAUGGGACUAUGCAAUGGAUGAAAGGCCUCGAGCUCAUUCCUCUGACAGCUGA